GGUGCGUUCUGCAUACCUCUCUACAUCCCUUACAACCUGACAGGGAAAUGGCACUUGGGAAGAGGCGUUUGCAAGCUCUGGCUGGCUAUGGACUAUCUCGUGUGCACAGCUUCAGUAUUUAACAUUGUUCUUAUCAGCUAUGACCGUUUCCUGUCAGUUACUAAAGCUGUAUCUUACAGAGCCCAGCAGGGAAUAAUGUCCAACCCUGUCAUCAGCAUGGUGGUCAUAUGGGUCCUUGCUUUCCUCCUCUACUGCCCAGCAAUCCUCUUUUGGGAGCACGUGGCUGGACAAAGCGUGGUAGCAGCAGAUCAGUGCUACGCCGAGUUCUUUGACAACUGGUACUUCCUCCUGUGCGCAUCCACCCUGGAGUUCUUUGUGCCGCUGCUCUCGGUGACCUACUUCAACGUGCACAUCUUCCACAACAUCCAGAGGCGCCAGCGGCGUGGCAGCACGCAGGACUGUGAGCCUCCAAGGAGAGGCAGCUUAUCCUGGAGAUUUUGCCUCUUGCAGAGGCAAGGGUUGUUUUCUUCUCCAUCGGAAGCAGAGGACAGUGCUUCUUCCUCCACGCGGCCAAAGAAAGAGUCUUUGGUGACUGACAGCUCAUGUCCAUCCAGGCACAAUUCUGUAACCCCAGAAAACGAAUUCUCUGUUUCUUUCUCUUCAAGGACCAGGUCAAAACUGCAGCAGGACAAGAAAGUAGCGAAGUCACUUGCCAUAAUUGUCUGUGUGUUUGCCAUUUGCUGGGCCCCGUACACUUUGCUAAUGAUUAUUCGUGGGGCCUGCCAAGGAACCUGUGUCCAUAACUCCUUGUAUGAAAUAACCUUUUGGCUUCUGUGGAUCAAUUCCUCCCUGAAUCCAUUUCUCUACCCUCUCUGUCAUGUUAAAUUUCGAAUGGCUUUCAUGAAGAUAUUAUGUCCCCAGAAGUUUGCAAAACUGAGAUCUGGCUCUUUUUAG